CCCACCGGCGGCUCUCCACGUCCUCCCGAUGGUAGACUCGUCGCAUGGCUCCAGGUCGCCGCGGGCUUCGUGCUCUUCUUCAACACAUGGGGCAUGAUCAGUUCGUUUGGCGUCUUCCAAACCUACUAUGAGUCCGGCGAGAUCUUUCAGCGCUCUUCCGCCGACAUUUGUUGGAUUGGCUCUACCCAAAGCUUCCUGCUACAGCUUACUGGGCUCAUCGCUGGUCCUGUCUAUGACAGAGGUUACCUCCGCACGCUUCUCUUCACCGGCAGCUUCAUGAUCGUUUUCGGACUCAUGAUGCUACUCUUCUACAUCUCCUUCUACCCGCAGAACCGCGGCUUCACUGACACGUCGCUGGCGUUCUACAUUACCACCAUAUUCAAUGCUGCGUCCAUCUUAGGCCAGAUCCUACCGAACGCGGUUGCUGACCGCAUUGGCGUGGUCAAUACCAUAGUGCCAUUGUGGGUUCUUCUUGGCGUCGUGAUCUUGUGCUUGCUCGGCGUGCGCAACGAGGCGGGAAUGAUCGUCGAGGCGAUCGUUACCGAGUUGUUCAGCGGCGGCGUCGUCGCGCUGCCACCUGUCGCCUUCCGUUUGCUGAUGGAGAACAAGUCCAUGAUUGGCACACGAAUUGGACAGGGUUUCGCGAUUGCCGGCCUUGGAUUGUUGGCUGCUGGACCAAGUGGUGGUGCCGCUCUCGGGGCCGGCGAUCGGUUGAAUUGGACUGGCCUUUGGGUUUACGCGGGUGUCACGGCGAUUGCAGCUGGAGUGAUCGUCCUUGUUGUCCGAGUC